GCACCGCACCGGGAAGGCGCGGGAGCGGACGCGCUGCCCACCCGCCGCAGAGGCGCCCCCGCCGCCGCCCGGGCCCGAGGGCGGGGCCCCUCGCCGGGGCGGCCCCUCCCCGCCCCUCCCUCCCGGCCACGGGCCUCCCCAGCCCGGCCGGCCCUCCCGCGGGCUGCACUCGGACACCGGGCUCGCCGGGAUCAGAGCCGCGAGCCCGCCAGCCGGGACCAUGGGCUGCGACGGCCGCGUGUCGGGGCUGCUCCGCCGCAACCUACAGCCCACGCUCACCUACUGGAGCGUCUUCUUCAGCUUCGGCCUGUGCAUCGCCUUCCUGGGGCCCACGCUGCUGGACCUGCGCUGCCAGACGCACAGCUCGCUGCCCCAGAUCUCCUGGGUCUUCUUCUCGCAGCAGCUCUGCCUCCUGCUGGGCAGCGCCCUCGGGGGCGUCUUCAAGAGGACCCUGGCCCAGUCACUAUGGGCCCUGUUCACCUCCUCUCUGGCCAUCUCCCUGGUGUUUGCCGUCAUCCCCUUCUGCCAUGACGUGAAGGUGCUGGCCUCAGUCAUGGCACUGGCGGGCUUGGCCAUGGGCUGCAUCGACACUGUGGCCAACAUGCAGCUGGUGAGGAUGUACCAGAAGGAUUCGGCUGUCUUCCUCCAGGUGCUCCACUUCUUCGUGGGCUUUGGCGCUCUGCUGAGCCCCCUUAUUGCUGACCCUUUCCUGUCUGAGGCCAACUGCUUGCCUGCCAAUAGCACCGCCAACACCACCUCCCGAAGCCACCUGUUCCAUGUCUCCAGGGUGCUGGGCCAGCACCACAUAGAGGCCAAGCCUUGGUCCAACCAGACGUUCCCGGGGCUGCCCCCAAAGGACGGGGCAGGGACCCGAGUGUCCUAUGCCUUCUGGAUCAUGGCUCUCAUCAAUCUUCCAGUGCCCAUGGCUGUGCUGACCCUGCUGUCCAGGGAGCGACUGCUGACCUGCUGCCCCCAGAGCAGGCCCCUCCUCCUGUCUGCUGAUGAGCUGGCCUUGGAGACACAGCCUCCUGAGAAGGAAGAUGCCUCCUCACUGCCCCCAAAGUUUCAGUCACACCCAGGGCAUGAGGACCUGUUCAGCUGCUGCCAAAGGAAGAACCUCAGAGGGGCCCCUUAUUCCUUCUUCGCCAUCCACAUCACAGCCGCCCUGGUCCUGUUCAUGACCGAUGGGUUGACGGGUGCCUAUUCCGCCUUCGUGUACAGCUAUGCCGUGGAGAAGCCCCUGUCUGUGGGACACAAGGUGGCCGGCUACCUCCCCAGCCUCUUCUGGGGCUUCAUCACACUGGGCCGGCUCCUCUCCAUUCCCAUCUCCUCAAGAAUGAAGCCAGCCACCAUGGUUUUCAUCAACGUGGUCGGCGUGGUGGUGACGUUCCUAGUGCUGCUUAUUUUCUCCUACAACGUCGUCUUCCUGUUCGUGGGGACGGCGAGCCUGGGCCUGUUUCUCAGCAGCACCUUCCCCAGCAUGCUGGCCUACACCGAGGACUCGCUGCAGUACAAAGGACAUCAUUCGAGGUCCCACAGGACAUGCCCAAGGACACACAGCUUCUCCCUGCAGCUCGUUCUAGCGACAGGACAGCCACGCACCCAGCUCCCACAGGAGAGGGCCCAGGAGCCCUCAGGCUCCUCCCUCGCCCAUCAGUCUCCAAGCCUCAAGGGAGUAAAUGAAGUAAUGAAAUAAGGUAGCUAUUACAUGUCACACAGUAUAACUCAAGAGUUUUAAGUGCUCAACAAAUGUUAAGAGUUUAGUAAUGGUAAGUGAGGCCCGGUGCAGUGCCUCACGCCUGUAAUCCCAGUACUUUGGAACGCUGGGGCGGGUGGAUGACUUGAAGUCAGGAAUUUGAGACCAGCCUGGCCAACAUGGUGAAACCCUGUCUCUACUAAAAAUACAACAAUUAGCUUGACAUGGUGGCAGGCGCCUGUAAUCCGAGCUACUUGGGAGGCUGAGGCAGGAGAAUCACUUGAGGCAGAGGUUGCAGUGAGCCGAGAUUGCACUCCAGCCUGGGUGACAGAGCAAGACUUUGUCUCCAAAAAAAAAAAAGAAAGAAAGAAAAGAAAAAAGUGAUAUUGAUUGAUUCUACCUGCAAAUGAUCACUCAAAUCCGUCCUCUUCAUUUCUUACUGUCCCUGCCUAAUUUAAGGUCUUUAUCUUCAUUGACCUGCUUGUUGGAAUAGUUAACGGUACCUAGCUUUUCCCAGGUUCUAAUCACUUCCAUCCCUUCCUUGAUGGGUCCUGGCUUGUCUCCUUGUCUUCAGUCUUGCCUCCAUCUAACCCAGCUGGCUGAAUGUUAAAAUCACCUGGAGCUCUGGUACCAAAACCCAGUGACUGCACCUCACCUCUGAGUCUGAUGCAAUUGGUCCAAAGAUGCUGGGUGAUUCUAACGUGCAGCCAGAGGUGAGGACCAUGCACUAAGCCACCCUCCACACUAUAAAACAAGGCUGUGCUUCAGCAGCACAUGUACUAAAAUUGGACCAACACAGAGACAAUUAGCCUGGCCCCUGUUUAAGGAUGAUGUGCAAAUGUGUAAAGUGUUCCCAAAAAAUCCCAGAAAACAGAGCUGAUCAGUCUCCAGAUCUACCUAUGGAGCAUCUCUCUCUCCAGCCUUCUCUCUCCCUGCCUCUCCUCCAAGCCUGCAUCCUAGCCAGGCAUAACAUGCUAUUCACUGAUGGCACAAAAACUGUUCUGCACUUCCCUACUUUGGCAUGUGGUGAACCCUCUACCUGAAACAUCCUCCCUGCUCCAUCUCACCCCUUUAUCUGCCUGCUCUUCCUUCCAGACCCAACUCAAGGAAGUGUCCCCUCCAGGAAGCUUCUCUGAUCCCCACUGGAAAGGUGUGCCUCCCCUUUGUGCCUUUGACAUUGCCCCCGUCUCAUGUUUGACCCAUCUCAAGACUUUUGUACCUAUGUUUUAUCUGCUUCUUCUCGUAAAUAACAUGACCCCAGCAAAGGACCAGGGUAAGAGCAUGGGCUGUGAAGGCAACAGCACACCUGUCAGUCCUGCCUCCAGAGUUACUGGCUUCAUGACCUUGUGCAGUUUUACUUCCUUCCUCUCUUUGAGCCUCCAUUUUCUCACCUGUAAAAUGGGAAUGCAAAUACCUGCCUUUUAGGAUUGUUUUGUGCAUCAGAAAAAAUGUAAAGCUCUUGACUUAGCAGCAAAGCUGGCUCACAGGCACUCCGUGUCUUGUUGACUCAGUAUUCACCUGACCAUCCUCAGUGCCUAGCACAGAACCCAGAGGUCCUCAAAGUUUUUUAAACACAUGAGUGGAACAGACGUUGGAUGCUUCUAGAAUUCAGAGAAGGGAGUGAGUGGUCAGUGUUGAUUUAAAUAAAAGCAGCUUGAUAGAGGGGAUUGGAUGUGAGCUGGCCCAGAAUCUAGAAAAGCAGAGAGGAAAAUGGAAAGGCAUUCCUGGGCAGGGUAGGGCAGAAUGAGAGCAAAGGCACAGAGACAAGUCUGAACAUAAGUGAGAUUGAAAGAGCUAGAAGGAAUGUGAAGUCCAGAGUAUACAAUGAUGACAACCGUUUUAUUUAAAAAAAAUAGUGUCUGUGUCUUAGCUGCUGUGCUACUAAACACUGGUUUAUGCCAGUGAUCUAUAUGACAAGGCAUGGCCAUCCUCUCCUGGGCUUCCAGCCUAGUGGGGAGGGUUGGCUCGGCAACAGACAGUGUGGUGAGAGCAGGUGCAGGGGGAUGUCACAGCACAAAGGAGGAGCAACCAUCCAGGCAUGGGGACCAGGAAGGAAGAUUAGUGACAGAAGUCUAAACUAGGACCUAAAAGAUAAAUGGGAACCAGCCUAGUCAACAUGGCAGAACUUUGUCUCUACUAAAAAUACAAAAAUUAGCCAGGUGUGGUGGUGCAUGCCUAUAAUCCCAGCUUCUUGGGAGGCUAAGCCACUGUACUCCAGCCAGGAUAACAGAGCAAGGCUGUGUCUCAAAAAAAAAAAAAAAUGGUAAUUUACCAGAAAAGAUGAGGAAGAGGAAUGGUCAGUGGGGAGUGAAGGUGUGUGUUGGAGUCUGGAGAUGAGAGUAUGCAGGGUGGAGGGGGAGAGAAGCCUGAGCCGUCAGCAGGGGCAGAGUCUAAAGCGCCCUGCAAACCGCAUGGAAGCCCUUAGGCUUCAUCCUGAAGGCAGUGCUGAAGGGCUUGUACAGAAAGUUGGGUGCUUUUGAGUUGACUGUGUGCCAGUCCUAUGCCAGCUCUUGGCAUGGCUUACAUCAGAGUUACCCACACAGUAACUCUGUGAAGGAGGUGUGAUGCUCAUUUUACAGAGAAGGAAACCAAGGCCUAGAGAAGUUAGAGAACUUGUCUAAGGUCACAUGGCUAGGAGGUGACAAGCUAGGCUUGGAACCCAGGUCUGACUCUGAAGCUUGGGCUCUGAAGAUCUGCACCAAGCUGCCAUAUUCACCAGGGCGUGUGGUCAGUGCAAUGCCAGGACAGCGAAGACACCAGUCUGCCUGCCCCAGAGGGCUGGCCUCAGGAUAUCAGGAAAUCUUUCUAGAAAGGUAGGUAGUAGUCAGGUUGGGAAGAGCUCUGAAUGCCAGGGCUAAGCAAUUUGGGAUUUUCCCUGAGAUAGUGAUGAGCAAUUGAAGGUUUCAGAACAAGGAAGGGACAAAAUGACAGUAAGACCUAGGCAUUCCCAAAGCAAAGUCACAGGCUCAUGUCUGAGAAAUCCAAAGUAGUCCUUUCUGCAUAUUCCAGAGGUUUCCCAGAAGCAACCUGGAUUUUUUUUUUUUUUUUUUGAGAGGGUCUCACUCUCACCCAGGCUGGAGUGCAUUGGUGCGAACAUGGCUCACUGCAGCCUCCAACUCCUGGGCUCAAGGGAUCCUCCCACCUUAGCCUCCCAAGUAGCUGUGACUACAGAUGUAAGCCACCAACCAUGCCUGGCUAAUUUUUAAAAAUUUUACUUUUUGUAGAGACCAAGUCUUGUGACAUUGCCCAGACUGGUCUUGAACUCCUGGCCUCAAGAGAUCCUCCCGAUUCCAACUCCUAAAGUGCUGUGAUGCACCUCCCAAAGUGCAUACGCCAGUGUGCCUGGCCAGCAACCUGAAUUGUAACUCUGAUUUCUGUCUCUUUAACUUGCUUUUACCAAACCAAACCUUCUCUUUU